GCACUCAAUGAGUAACUGGUUUGUACUUUGACCAAAGACCACAAAGCUAAUGACAUUUUGUCAGUUCUUAAUCAUUACUUCCCCAGAAGCUUCUGAGCUCAGUUGGUAUGGAGGAUUCUGCUCAGUGAUAGGCUGUGAGUGAGAGGUUAUAAAGCUGCUAGAGCUCAAUUCUCAGUGUCAGUGUCCUGUGUCAUCACGAUGGAGGUGCCACGGGGGGCACUCUGCUUGCUCUUGCUCUACUGCUUCUAUGUCCCUUCUUUUGCAAAUCCAACUUGUAAGGGUAACUGCAGAGGUGCUGGAGGCCCAUUCCUGCCCGGAAAUUAUUAUAAAUACCAACUGCAAGGACAGACGACAAUGCAUCUCCCUGGCUCACCAGAUGAUGUUACUUCACUUCAAAUAUCCGCCACUGCUGAAGUCUUUGCGGAAUCCAAAUGUCAGCAUGUCCUCAGAUUAUCCAACUUAUUAGUGGAAGGACCAGAUUAUGAGGAAUACGAUGGGCUGAAUGCAGACUGUUCCAAGCCAAUCAGGUUCUCGUAUAGUGACGGAAAGCUGGAUGAGUUGUGUGCUAAGGCUGAUGACGAGGGAGUCAGUUUGAACAUCAAGCGAGCUGUCAUCUCUCUCUUGAGUUCAGUCAAGAACCAGGAUGAAGACAGUGGGUCUGCUAGUGAGAAUGAUAUAUUUGGAAUUUGCCCAACUGAGUUCACUAUAUCUCAUGAAGGCUCAAAGGUCAAAAUCCAAAAAUUCAAGAACUUGAACAGAUGUGCUCUCCGAGAGGAGUUUAAUUUCCCAUUUCCAACAACUCCGUACCAGGCAGUCCAGAGUAGUUUUGGCAGUUUUGAGACAUCACCUUUGCUCGGUUCCGAACUAAAAGUCUCCCAGGACAUAGAGAAUGGAGUUCUACAGAGGGCUGAGGGAACAGAAACAUACAACUACAGACCUCUGAUGAAUCCUGAGGCAGGAGCAACAGUCAAGGUCUUCUACACUCUCACCUUGGAAAGUUCAAGGCGUGGUGCAAUUUCAGCAAAAUUCAAUAGCCCGAAAGGAGUUUUCUAUGAAGCUGUACAUGACUCAGAUGGUAUUAAGAAUCAAGGGACUAUUUCUGCUGCACUACGGAAGGCAGUGAAUGCAAUAGAUCCUGUUGCCACACCUGAAGCAGCCAGAGAGUUUGCUAACCUUGUUCAUGUCAUUGAGCAAGGCAACAAAGUUAAUAUUUUGGCAGCUUACUCUGCAGCUCAAGGCGAAACAGCCAAAAACCUCUUCUUGGAUGGUCUUUUGUAUGCUGGGAGUGCAGAAUCAGUUGAGGCUGCAGCAGAGUUACUUAGUAGUAAAAGAAUUCCUGAGGAAUCAGCCCUUCUCUGGUAUCUUGACCUCAACUUUGUUAAACAUGUCUCAAGAGGAUCCCUCACUUCCUUAAUGCCCCUGCUCUCUGGUAACAAAGUACCUUACCAAGCAUACUUGGGAAUUGGAUCUGUUGCUGGAAAGUUCUGCCUGCAGCACCCACAGUUCUGUGAGACCUCUCAGGAAUACAAACAACUUCUGGCCAGUCUGGCUGCUCCCUUGGCUGGAGGCUGUAAGGUUGAUUCCCAUGAAAAGGAAAACAAUAUUAUUGCCAGCCUGAAGGGAUUACGCAACACUCGUCACCUGACUGCUGAGAUUGCUCAACAAAUCAGCCAAUGUGCAGCUGACAGGUCAGCCAGGUCUAGAGUGCGUGUUGCUGCUCUCUUGAAGCUUUCCAUGCUGACGUUAGCAAACCAGUUUACUGUCACCCUUCUCACGCUCCAAAGGCUUCACCUUGCCUGGCUCAGUCUAUACUCGGCUUGGAAGCAGCCAAAGAGUGGUUGGCUAUUUGUGGGAGGGUGUGUUGUGCAGCUGUCUCCUUCCCUGCUCAAAGACUUCACCUUGCUAGGCUCA